AUGCCCUCCGACAUCGGGUUUCGGACGCGGUUCGAUGCCGGAAUUCGUACCCCGUCCGACGCCGGAUUUCGGACCCCGUCCGACGAGGGAUUUCGGACGCGUCAGACGAGGUAUGCCACCCAGGCCCAGAUGCCGGACGGAAAGAUGAUGGUGGUUGGCGGCAGAGACGCCCACAACUACGAAUUAAUCCUGCUAGAAGGACAACACAAUGCGGCGUCGAUCAAGUUCGACUUCUUGACCCAAACCACCGACAAGGACGAGAACAACCUCUACCCCUUUAUCUAUCUCAACACCGACGGCAAUGUCUUCAUCUUUGUCAACAACCCGCGCCGUCCUCCUCAACCCUAA